AUGUCUGGUAUCGAAAGCUUUUUAGAUGAAAUUAAAUGCCAAAUUGAACAAGACUCAUCUCAGAGAGAGCACCUACGUGAACUAGAGCACCAAUUCGACUUAAAAUUGACACCUUAUAGAAAGAUAGUAAAUGAUAUUCUGUCCGUAAGACCAAGUGAAAUAUUGGAUCGUACAGUGGAUACGACUGCCCGUAUAGCAGAUGUUGCACUUCCAGACACGGAUUCAAUACUGAAAAUUUUCACUCAUUUUAGACUGAUGUUAGCUGAAAUACAAUGCAAAGAAGCACAACGUGAGCGUCUUACCAGUAAGUUCAUCGAAGAAUCAAUGUAUAUUUGUAUUGUGUGUCGUUACUUUCAGACAAUUGGUCGUUCUUUCGAAUCGUAUGAAAGUGGAAGUCUUGACAUUCCGUUACUAACUACUUGCUUGGUGGACAAGGGUCUAAUCGUUACUCCAAAGGAGAUUUCUGAAACAAUAUUUUUGGACAAAGUGGAUUAUCAAACUUACUUACUAGUCCUUUUGAGAUUGGUGGACGUAAUCCAGGAUUAUACCACUAGUGCUAUCAUUCAAUGUUCAAUGGGGGCUAAUGAAUCAGAUUCCUCGAUUGACUAUACGAUUGCAGUAAUUAACCUGCAGAUUGUUUCCAAACUUCAGAGUGGUUUCCAAUUGUUGGAUCUAAAGAAUGAUAUCUUACGGAAAAGAUACGACGGUUUAAAGUACGCCUCGCAGAGAUUGAACAAGAUUGUUUAUGAUUUAACUCUAAGAAAUUUGAUCUCUAUAAAGGGUAGUGUAUAUUAA